CUCCACAGAGGCAGCUGGGGAUGAGUCAGCAGAAGGUCCAGCAGAGAUUCCAGGAGAGAGAGAAGGAGCUGAAGAAGCUCCAACAGGAUGUGGAAUCUCUCAAGCGCUCUGCACAGGCAGCAGUGGAGGACAGUGAUCAGAUCUUUACUGAGCUGAUCCGCUCCAUUGAGAGAAGGAGCUCUGAGGUGAAGGAGCUGAUCAGAGCCCAAGAGAAGGCUCAAGUGAGUCAAGCUGAAGGACUCCUGGAGCAACUGAAGCAGGAGAUAGCUGAGCUGAGGAAGAGAAGCACUGAGCUGGAGCAGCUCUCACACACAGAGGAUCACAUCCAUUUCCUCCAGAGUUAUCAGUCUCUCUCCAGUAUCAGUGUAUCUUCAGACUUACCCAGCAUCGCUGUCCGUCCUCUUCAGUACUUUGGAGAUGUGAGUAAGACUGUGUCUGAACUGAGAGAGAAACUAGAAGACUUCCUUAAAGGAGAAUGGACCAAGAUCUCCACUACAGUGAAUAUAGUGGAUGUUGUACUGCCUCCAGAGCCCAAGACCAGAGAACAGUUGUUACAAUAUUCCUGUCAGCUCACACUGGACCCAAACACAGCAAACACAAACCUCUCUCUGUCUGAAGGGAACAGAAAGGUGACCUUUACACGCCAAGUCCAACGAUAUCCUGACCAUCCAGACAGAUUCACCAACACAUUGCAGGUUCUGUGUAGAGAGGGUCUGUCUGGACGCUGUUACUGGGAGGUGGAGUGGACUGGGGAUUGGGUUUAUACAGCAGUCUCAUAUAAAGACAUCAGCAGAACAAGGUUAGAUAGUGGAUUUGGAGACAAUAAUAAGUCCUGGAGUUUAGAGUGCUCUCGUGGUGGUUAUUGGUUCAGACACAAUAAUGUUGUGACUAAAGUAUCAGGCCCUCAGUCCUCCAGAGUAGGAGUGUACCUGGAUCACAAGGCAGGUACCCUGUCCUUCUACAGUGUCUCUGACACAAUGACCCUCCUCCACAGAGUCCAGACCACAUUCACUCAGCCCCUCAAUCCUGGGUUUUGUCUCUCUGGUACUGCUGAGCUGGUUAAACUGUAGUAGGGUCCACAUAGAUACUAGUCAUGCUGGUGUAGUCUGUAGCUGAGCUGGUUAAACUGUAGUAGGGUCCACAUAGAUACUAGUCAUGCUGGUGUAGUCUAUAGCUGAGCUGGUUAAACUGUAGUAGGGUCCACAUAGAUACUAGUCAUGCUGGUGUAGUCUAUAGCUGAGCUGGUUAAACUGUAGUAGGGUCCACAUAGAUACUAGUCAUGCUGGUGUAGUCUAUAGCUGAGCUGGUUAAACUGUAGUAGGGUCCACAUAGAGACUAGUCAUGCUGGUGUAGUCUAUAGCUGAGCUGGUUAAACUGUAGUAGGGUCCACAUAGAGACUAGUCAUGCUGGUGUAGUCUAUAGCUGAGCUGGUUAAACUGUAGUAGGGUCCACAUAGAUACUAGUCAUGCUGGUGUAGUCUAUAGCUGAGCUGGUUAAACUGUAGUAGGGUCCACAUAGAUACUAGUCAUGCUGGUGUAGUCUAUAGCUGAGCUGGUUAAACUGUAGUAGGGUCCACAUAGAUACUAGUCAUGCUGGUGUAGUCUAUAGCUGAGCUGGUUAAACUGUAGUAGGGUCCACAUAGAUACUAGUCAUGCUGGUGUAGUCUAUAGCUGAGCUGGUUAAACUGUAGUAGGGUCCACAUAGAUACUAGUCAUGCUGGUGUAGUCUAUAGCUGAGCUGGUUAAACUGUAGUAGGGUCCACAUAGAUACUAGUCAUGCUGGUGUAGUCUAUAGCUGAGCUGGUUAAACUGUAGUAGGGUCCACAUAGAUACUAGUCAUGCUGGUGUAGUCUAUAGCUGAGCUGGUUAAACUGUAGUAGGGUCCACAUAGAUACUAGUCAUGCUGGUGUAGUCUAUAGCUGAGCUGAUUAAACUGUAGUAGGGUCCACAUAGAUACUAGUCAUGCUGGUGUAGUCUAUAGCUGAGCUGGUUACACUGUAGUAGGGUCCACAUAGAUACUAGUCAUGCUGGUGGUGAUGGUCCCCAGAUGUGAUGAUUCAUUCUGCUCUGUUUUAUCUACAAUGAUUUAAUUGAUUUGAUCUUCAGAAGAUGUUAUGAAAUAAAAUUCAAUGUUUUCAUAUUUUUGUAAUUGCAAUGUUUUAAUCUUGUCCAUUUCCAUGAAUCAUGAUGUCUGGUGUUGAUGUAUAUUGGUUGUCAUUCAGAACCAUUGAUAUGUUUUCUCAGUUGGUUCUCUGUCUCUAUGUAAUUCUCCUCAGUAUCAUUGAUCAGCUUGUUGGUCCUAAUUGAUGUGUUCUCUGUCACCUGGAGCUGCAUGGAAAAUGGUCCAGGAACUAAAGGACAAUUCAGGACUAGUCAGCCCACUACAAGCUGGUAUCACUUACUUUCUACUAAACUAUAUGGACUGGUUUCCCAGACACAGAUUAAUCCUAGUCCUGGACUAAAAAGUAUGUUCAAUGUAGAUGUCCAGGAAACCGGCCCUAAAUGUGUCAUCUUUCAUCCUCCCAUACUGCUCAGUCCAGCAACAUUAAACCUGUCCAGCAGGUGGUGCUAUUGACCAAACAAUAAAACCAGCAGAUAUCUUGACUUGCCACUCAGUAGAUCAGUAAUGUUCAGAAUAGUACUUUAAUAUCAUUGGAGAUUGAUGGUCUUUUUAAUCCACUAUCCAGAGUCAGGAACAGAUGAAGUUAGGUCUGCUACUGUUCAGUGAUUAAAUAUGAUUUAUGGUGAUGGGGAAUAAUAAAAAACACUAAACUUCA